AUGAGCCUCCUAGCAUUCCUCGUGUGUGAGAUUGCGGCUGAUGGAAUUCCUCUCAAAGCUCAAGCUCUAGUGUCGUCGGACACCCCUGACUCGGCCCGCACUUGUUUCCAAAACGAAAAGUGCGCCAACGGCUUUCUAUACGUUGCCUACGCACUGUGUCAAGGGAUUCCAAUCCACGUCCACCUCAUCGCCAAGUUCGUCACCGGCGCCAGCUGCCUCAUCACCGGUCUCGUCCGAUAUCUGCGUCGACAUCCACGAACCAAACCACCACAAGAAGCAGCUUCUCUGUUGCGCAUGCCCAUAAUGGCUCACAACGCUCCCACAUCCGCACUUGACGGCGCACGGCCUAUCGUUGCUCAGGUACACAAGGGCGGACCCAACGGACCUUCCAUCAUGGUCAGCGGAUCUUUCGACUCUGUCCUCAAGCUCUACAAGGCCUUUGGGGAAGGACUCCACAUUCCAACUGAGUACGAACAAGAUGGAGAGACAGCUGGACUCAUGGCUUUCGACUAUCAAAUCGACAAAGGCACCUUCCCAACCAAGGAAGAUUCGGUUGCACUGGACCUGCACGACGCGCAGAAUGUGAUCAUGAUAUCUGCAAAGUUCCGUGCCCAGAUGGAAGCCACGAUCGAGGGGUUUGGAUCUUUCCGACUCUCGGUCACACCUCAGAUUCGAGCCAACGAUUUCGACGUCGACUCCGCACUCUCGGCACUCAGAGACGCAUCGCACGCGCUUCAGUUCAGGCGUGUCUUCGAGAUUGGCCUCAUUACUCGACGUGCCGACAACACCAUCAGCAAGAUCGACCUCAUCCCCUCUUUCCCUGGUGUCGAAGCGACCAACACCGUGUGGAUGGUCCGCCUGCUCCAGACGAAUGAGAGCGGCGAGAUCGUCGGCGAGCUCUGGAGUACACUUCAGCCACGCCGACGGAAGCAGAAGGAUGUGGUCAAGAAGGAGGAGGAUGCUGGAGAGGAUGCAGAUGAGAAGAAGCAGGCGCCCCAGGAGCGUCUUCAUCUGGCCGACACUCAGGAUGCUGCGGAGGAGCAUGUUGUCAACAACCACUUCAUCACUGCAAAGAUGGACCACGCAGCCUCUGUACCUCUCGCCGACGCACAUAUUCCUCUCUCUUCUCUCUCUAUGAAGGGCCACCCCAACGGCCGCUACACCAACAUCUCCAUCACCGGUCCUGCCGUUGCGGUCAACAAGCUCCGCACAGCAUUCGAGGACGAAGCACUCGUCCUGCCAACCCACUACACCUACCAGCGAACUGGAGACGCAGCCAUGCAGCGGGCAAUGGACUAUCAAAUCAAGAAAGGCACCGUUCCAUCAUCGCAGCAAGUAGACGACUUCUACAAAGAGCAUGGGCCGUCAGACGGCGCUGCUUUCCAAGUCUACGAGGAUAACAUUGCAAAAGGCGCGUCAGCUCGCGACUUGGUGACUCCAUCGCUUGCCGCGGAUGGUCUCGAUGUCGAUGAAGUUCUGGGAUCAUUUCGCCAUCUGUCAAGAGCAUGUGGACACCAAAACAUCUACGAACUCGGUAUCAUCACGCAAGAGCCGAACGAGCUCGAUCACUCGGUGGGCCUGCUUCCCUCGUUUCCGGAUGUGGAUGCCACUGAUACCAUCUGGAUCAUUCGCCGACUUCAAGGCCGCUUCCUCGCGCCGCCGCUCGAGCUUUGGAGUGCCCUCUUGCCCUCUCCAAAGCCAGGUCAGACUCGCAACGCUCCGCCAGCCAUGCCAACGUCGCCAGAGCCAUCGGCACAACCGCUCAACAUCAAGAAGAGGUCCAAGGAGGCUGUCGAUUCGCAUGGACUGAGAGGUCUUGGGUCGGCUACAGAAUCUGUUCCCACUUCCAGCCCGGCUACCAAUGCCACUCCUCCAAAGAAGACUACAGCAUCGUCCUCUACCAUGCCGUCAGCAAUGGCCAUGCCACCAGCCGGGAUCACCAGCACUUCAGCUCCCAUACCCACCACUGCACUCCAAACAUCAACCACAGCCCCAGGCAAACUCGCCAAAUCCGACCUCCACGUCUACCCCAACCCAUCCGCAAUCGGAACUCUCUCCAACGACGACAUGCUCUCCGGCAGCAUCCACCCCCGCGACAUCAAACUCGACCUCAUCCUCCACCUCGCACUCUCAAACGACAACAAAACUCUCUUCAACCGUAUCAACGCUCUCUACACCUCUCUCGGUCUCCCAACACGCGGCGAGAGCAGUAUCACGAAGUGCGUGAGCAAGGCUUUCGAGGUACGCGCCAAAGAGCUGGAUCCGAGGGAUGGGACUGGGGUGAAGAUCUCGAUUGGAGAGUUGAGAGCGCAGUUUGAUCAGUUUCGGAGGGGAAAUGGUGCUAGGGCUAGAGGAGGAGAUGCGGGGGAGUAUCAGUUUAAGGGGAUGAAGAAGGCGUUGUGGGUUGCUGCUGGGCCGUCGAGGAGGAAGGGGAAGGGAAAGAGUGUUGCGAAGGAGGAGGAGAGUGAUGACGAAGAUGAGGAGGAGGACGGGGAGGAAGAUGAGGCGCUACUCGGACUUGCGGAAGAGGAUGGUAUCGACAGCGGGGUGGAUGAAGAUGAAGAGGAAGAUGUGGCGCCGGUCAAGAAGCGUCGUCGUCUGAUACGGUUGGAGGAUGAGGAUUACGAGGAGGGUUGA